AUGGAGAUAGCCAUACACCCAAGCACAGCUGGGCUGAGUGCUAUAUGGGACAAUGCAGUGGCAAAGUUCAAGCUUAACACCGAGAUAGACCUAUACGAUCCUCGCGCCAUCGUUCAGCCGCAUUCCACCACGCUCGAGGACGUCGAAGGUCCAAACAGUCUUCUAACGGCCUUCCAACAUCGCCGAGAACACAGCGCAAAGCUGAAGUAUCAGCGCGCGCUCCUGCUCGUGAAACUCAUGCCAGUCUUGGGGGAUGUAGAAUGGCUGUUGAGAACAGAGGAUCGUGACGAGGAAGAUCUAGCAGAUGAGGAACGAAUAUGCAUCGCGAUCAACGCUCUCUUCGAUCGCUUGCCCACUAUCCCUCGACCGGAUGUGCAAUUAACGCUCACCGCGAGGAACGCUUUGGACAACAUCCUCAUUUCAUAUAUCGAUCUGAUGGGCGUGUCCCACCGACUCUUGUACGUAUAUCAAGAAAUCAUGCUGGAUCGCGUUCUGCAAGACCACACAGAAAUCAUCACCAUGACCACCAAUGCGACGGGCGAGCAGAUGCUGAUUUCCUCUCGCGAGGAGCUUCUAUCACAACUUCGCGCGUACUGGAAAGAGGUGGAACCUCAACCGGACGAGAGAGCACGAAUACAAAAACUCAUCGUGGACCUCUCUGAUCGUGUCAUGAGGCUUCAAGAGAACCGUAGAAUCGGCAAACAAGUGGCCGCUCGAGGGAAACAUGCGGCGCACGACAUUGUGGUAGAACUCUUGGACGAACUCUCUUCUAUCACCGGACGCAUCAAGCCGAAGUUGACAACUUCGGUUGAUACUCGCUCUAUCAUCCGUAUCAAAGUCCAGAUCUUAAUGAUUGUCGGCAUCGGCGUCAAAGUUCUCCUCGCACAUAAGACGGUCCUCCACAUUACCACGAUGAUCCGCAGCGCCUCGUCGCUAUUCGCGUGGCAUGAAGGGCUUCAGUCCGCGAUCGAAGAGCUAAAAUGGCUGGUCGAUCGCGCACUUCCGCGGGAACCGCUGCCUGACAGAGCUGAAGACCCGCAUUUGAGAUUCCAGAAACUCUGGCAGGACGCUCUGGAACGAUAUGCUGUCAUCACUGAGUCGGACGUCCAGGUGCUGGAGGCAUUUACGCGCGUUGAUACACUUCCGUUGCUUGAGGCCGCUCUCGCUGAGAAGAAUCAUGUAUAUCGGCGGGGUGCCAACAAGACUAGGGAGGCCAGGCAUGCUUUGAAGCAGAUUGGCAAGUUUAUCAAAAUUUUCAUGCGUCCAGCGGCUAAGCUUGCGGAACCGCACUUUGCGGGCGCCAAAGUGGUUGCGUCUGCACUAAGUAAAGUUGUCGAGGCAGUUGAUAGGUCCGAACACAUAUACCAGCCGAUGCUGGACUUACUCAACAAAUUAUCUUCCUUUGUUAACCGUCUACAAGUAUUCUUGCGCAACGACAUUCCGGAGGAGAUGAACGAGCCCCUUGUCAGGAUACUGUGUGAGAUACUCGUGAUCUUUGGCUUACUCACGAAGCAUCUCAAGAAGGGUUUCAUGGCCCGGAUUUUUGCUGAGGAUGAGGAGGUCAAGCGCGCGCUGCACUCCCUACAAGGCUUGAUUGAAGACGAAGCGCUCAUGACCGCUACUCUAGCGUUCUCUGAGACUCAGAAAAUGCGCCAAAGGAUGUCCAUUUUCGUCAGCCGUGGCAUGCGACCUGUCUGGGAAACGACGGAUGCGAUAGAGGGUCAAACUGAAGAAUCUGCUCCGAAUGUCGAUGAGACGUAUAGACGACGAGGAUUUCCCGAAAGACCAUCCUUGUUUGUGGGGCGUGGACGCGACAAGAAGAAAAUCAUCGCAGCUAUUCUAGAGUGUGUGCCAAUAACCGUUCUCGGUGCUGCCGGAAUAGGCAAGACGACCCUAGUUCUCGAGGCGCUUCACGACAACAGGGUCUGCGAAUGCUUCACAGCACGCUACUUUGUGUCUUGUGAUAACAUCAAAACCGUCGAGGAGCUGCGAAUCCAGAUUGCCUCCGUUCUAGGCAUUCCUGCGCAAUUCGGGGACGAGCAAUUGAGCAGGAGCAUCCUGAUAGAGCUGGGUCAAGAACCAGCAAUCCUGUUCCUCGAUAACUUCGAGGCCCUAUUUGACAUCCCGACAUCACUCAAGAAGGUGACGCGGGAGCUCGAUACGCUCGCCGGUGUGGAGACGCUUUCGCUUGUCGUUGCAAUGCGUGGCACAGAAGCUCCUGCUGAGAGUCGACUGCGUUGGACCAGGCAUCUGCUCCAGCCAAUGACGCUCCCUGAGGGAGCACGGUUGUUCAGAAAAGUCGCAGGUAUUGUCAACAUCGAUGAUCCCAAUGUCAAUCCACUCGUCCGCCUGGUGGAUAGUGUUCCAUUGGCAGUCGUCUUGCUGGCCCACGAGGCGAACCAGAGUGGCCGGACAGAUACGCAAGCUCUGUGGGACCGUCUGCAAGCGGAUGGCAUCGCAAGCUUACAGAAACAUGACGAUGCUCACGAUGAGUCAUUUGAUCUAUUCUCAUCCAUCGAUGUUUCCGUCAACAGUCCCCGCAUGAAUCAGAACGCCAAAGUAGUGAUGGCGCUACUUGCCAUACUACCAAAUGGAUUGCCUCAUUCUUCAGAUCUAUUAGAGGAGCUGCAAAGUGCAAUUCCUCAUCACAUUGAUCUUGUCGACUCUCUGACGACUCUCUGUCGUGUCGCGCUCGCUUACAUCGAUGACGCUGGAGGCCCGCAGCGCUAUCGGAUGCUUUCCCCGAUUAGGGAGUAUUGUCACGACAAUCCUGAACUCCAGGUUUCCGGGGAAUUGCAAAAAGGUCUUGUACAGUUCUACCUGAAUUUCCUCAAUGCGCGCGACGCCACAACCAUUGCAGGCAGGGAGAUUGUCCCUCCGGAACUGCCCAAUAUCGAGUACAUCCUCCUUUCCAGCGUACCUAGCGCACCCGAAGCGGUUAUCAACCUCUCCCCCCACUUCCCGAAACGCUCAGGAAACCCGCUCGCUCCAUUGUCUAAGUUCUUCCGCCGUCUCUUCUCACCUGCGUCGCUCCGGCACACACGAUCCACUAAUAUCGACUCCUCCAUCAUUCGCGCAGCAGUCUUGUACACGGAUUGGAUGCUUCAUCUUGGUACGCCAUCGCCUUCGAUAUUGGAGAAGUGGAUUCCUCUGUUAUCAGAAGAGAGUCUAUCAUACCAAAACGAUCUGAGCUCGAGCUUGCUAGGAAACUGCUUAAGCACACUCGCGAAGACAUACGUAUUUCUCGAUCGACGCAGUCAAGCAGAGUGGUACUUCCUGUUUGCUUCGAGGCUCCACGAGGCUCGUGGAGACUUGCGCGAGAUGGGAAAUGAUAUUAGCGCAUUGGGAGUGCUGUGCCUCAGGACAGCUGUGGAGGCGAGAGCUGAGAAGUUCUUCCAGGAGGCACUACAACUCUACACGAUGUGCGGAGACGAGCGCGGAUGCGCCGGCGCUCUCCGAAGCCUUGCCGAAGUCUCUUUGAUGAAGGGUGAUGUGGACGACGCCGAGCAGAAGCUUUUUAAGGCCCUAAGGAUCGAUCACAAUGCUCAAAGCUGCCUCGGUUUGGCGAGUGACCUUGUGUACCUCGGCGAGGUAUCUCUACGCAGGGGAAGACUCGACGAUGCAAUGCAAUCGUUCCAAUCCUCGCUUACUUUCUUCCAGGCAUCAGGGAGUGUGCUCGGCGAGGCAAGUGUCCACCAGCGUCUUGGAUCUUUGUGGCAGAGAAUGGACACGGUGGAUGGCGCGAUAACAGACGGGCUAACAAGAGGGCGUACGCCAGCAGACCUUGCAAUGCAGUCGUUCAAGACAGCGUUAUCUCUCCAUAAGGCUGUACGGGACCGCCUUGGGGAAGCAGAUGUCCAUGUCGAAAUUGGAUAUCUGCAUCGAAGCGAAGGCCGUCUGAAUCGAGCUGAGAUUGCCUUCCUUAAAGCAGGGAAGCUCCAUCACCAAGCACAGAAGAGGCUCGACGAGGCGCACGACAUCCGAAAUCUGGCACAGAUAUACAUGGACAUGGGUUCUUACGAUACGAGAGCGGAGUGGCUGUUUCUUGAAGCACGCCAGAUGUACCGCACCAUCCGCAUCUCCCGUACAGAUGCAGAUACAUCAACACGCAGUAGAUUGGAUAUACGGAGGGGAUAUCUAUUCUCUGCUGAAACGUGCUUCCAGGUCUCAGCGUCGCGCCGCCGCAUUCUCGAAGAUCGCCUUGGAGAAAUACGCACUUUAUUUUGCCUUGGAGAAUAUUAUACGCGUGAAGGACGCUUUGAUGAGGCCGAGGAGAAUCUUUCGGAGGCGAUUGCGCUAUGCGGCAGCGUUAAUUCCCGCCACGCUGAAAUGCGUGGCCAGCAGCUCAUCUACAACCUCUGGGUGAAGGAUGUGAUGGCAGCUCAGGAAAAUGAUCCUGAUCGUGCUACGGAGAUUAUUCUGCAGUUUGAAAAUAGCUAUAGCAGUAACGACGAUGGAGAUGCACACUUUUUGGACUAUGGAAGGCUUUCUCACACUAUCAGCAUUGCAGCACGAGCAGCAUUGAUAGGCACAACCGUUGAAAAAACGCGGGAGAAAGGGUGCAGGCAGCACGUCUUUGGCAGAGAGGGCAGACGUGUCCGGCGGCAGGGCGCCAAGCUGUCGCAACUUCGGCACAAGCGCCUCCUCGCGUGCAUGCAGCGCCGUAAGCUGCCUGCGGACAUCCCAAAGCUCGCGGUUGAGCGCGUGGCUGUCAGGAGACGUCGUUGUGGUGCAGGCCACGUAUACGAAGAGAUAGACUGGGGCGGUGUAUUCGUCUUGGGCCGCGACAUUCGAGCAUCGCGCAACCGCUUCGGUGAGGCGGACAGUCUCGCACAUCUCGGGAAGUUGAAUCUCAGACGAGAUGACUUGAAUGGAGCAGAGCACUCUUUUCUGGAUGCACUUGCGCUACACCGGAUCGUCCAAAAUUAUAUUGGAUAUGCCAAUAACCUCAGCAAUCUUGGAAAGGUGUACUUGCGGAAGGACGACGUGUAUGGUGCGGAAAGAGCGUUCCUGGACGCAUUACCCCUCCACCGUGCUAUAAAAGAUCGACUAGGCGAAGUCAACGAUCUCCGCAAUCUCGGCGAUGAUGGCACGAUGAACGGCUUCAUGCACUCUCGCCGCGCGUCGUCUAACACGCCCUCGGUGUACACCCUGCGCAAGCGCUCCCCCUCCAGCGUUGCUUCAGCCACUUGUCGUGCCUCGGACUCCCGCUGUAACUGGGCCCGAGUUGCUAGACGGUAUGUCAGGACAUAUUCCAACAAGGUCGAGGCGCAACCGCGGUGA